AUGCCCGAUUCAGAGAGCGAAGGCUGGCAAGAACUCCAAACUGAGUCUCGCCGUCGAUGCCCCAAGCUAUUCUACUCCUUCUCCACCAAAAAAGAGUCGCUCACGCUUCUGUUAACCGAUUUGAUCUCUAUUUGGGAAUGCUCACUGGACAAAUAUGACAUCCUCGCUGCAGCGGCUCGACAGCAGACGAGCAUCGAUCCAUCCGUCUCAUCUGACCAAUUCGAAAUAUUGCUCUCCAAGAUCCGCAAAAGUCUGAGCGACGGCGAGAACUCCAUCAAUCGCGACGGCCGUGGAAAUUCGCAGGCGCUAUUGCUACGGACGAAGAUAGCUCUUCCCCGCCCACUCCGACCCCUCGAGUGGACAUUCACCCUCGAUCUCCGUGCAGCAUCAGAGUUAGCAGAACGCAUCCUCCGCCCCAGCUUGCAUGAAGUUUUUGUCUCCCAGAACAAGAUCAAUUCCUUGCUCGGAAUCAUCAAGGACAAAGACCACGUCAUCUCGCGCCUGCUUGAGAGAGUCGGCAACUCGGCCGUUGACCUGAGCUUGGUCUUCCCAGGUAUAACGGGCUUUGCUUCACGUAAAGGCGGUCAUGUGUCCGUCGCGGAUGCAAAAAAGCAUGUCCCCGGGAUGUCGAGCUUCGAUGAGAAGUCGUGGACGACACAAUUUGCCAACAAUGAUGGUUACGAGGGAGCAGAUCGGACAGGGUUGACUAACCUUGUUCGGGGCUGUGAGAAAUGCUUCGUGCACACUAGAGCUGAGCAUGAAAGCUGGGUGAAAGACCUUCCUUCCAUGGAAAUUCAAAAUCUCAAUGCUGCCAGCAAGAACCAACUUGGGUCGCCAUCAACAAGCACCGGCCCCGUGCACCCAGAUUUUAAUCUCGAGACAACUGAUGACGAGUUCGAGCGUCAAGCAACUCCACCCCACUUGAAGUCUAAAGGUGCCGGAGGUAAAAGGGCGGCGCGAGCAGCGACAGAUGACGAGGAGACCGAGGAGGACGAACUCGCCCCCCAACAAGCCCAGUCCUCCGCAAUUGGCGGUCUAGGUCGACGAAAUGCUACAAAAGCCUUUGGCGCUUCGAUGCGCUCUCCAGAAUCAGCCCCUUGUGCUAAGAACAAGUCCCCUUCACGUCGUCGGGCCUCCACAGCCUCGACAGCUACAGCAACAGCUUCAGAGGAUAAUGAUGCCGAUAACGAAGGACCCCAGCCACCUACCGCUCCGCAAAGUAGGAGCAGUCACUCAACGCAGAAAUCCAAACUUGGCGUACUGCGGCCAAGAAGAAUCUCUCCGACACCUUCACCGUCAUCACUGGCACCACCAGCGCCAAAAUCGAGGUCACCCACCUCUUCUGGGGGAAGAGGUUACAACGAAGGGCCCACUCCCCACAAUUCGCGUGCCCCUCGUGUAUCUAUAACCCUAGAGGAAGAGGAAGUGACAGAUGACCAUCUAGACCCCGCGUCAACCUCAUUCCCAUCCCCAUCCCCCCCACCUAAAGCAAAGCCUGCAACGCCAGCGCAUGAAAGGUGCCGUCUAGGCCGCCUCGGAGGGAGGAAACAAGUAACUCCAUUAAAGAGCACCUCGCCGGAGCCACAGGAGACGCCAAAGGGUGAUGAGACCCCGGAGACACUGACUCCUACGAGGAGGAAACUAGGUCGACUCGGAGGUCCCCGCAAGAGUGAUCGUGAGACAACAACCACCAUAUCGCCAAAAGCGCAGGACAAAGCCGGCAUCGUCGACGACUCCUCGAACGCAACGAACUCUCCGUCUCCGCUUGCUUCGUCCUCGCGCCAGAAACUGCUGGGCGUAGAAUCCGGAGGACACCGAGGACGCCAAGCCUCACGCCCAUCGACCCGCAAGGAGCCUGUGGUGGAAGAAGAAACAAAGCAAAAAGAAACAGCCGAAGAAGCCGCAGGUCGGCGCAGGAUGGAACUGAAGCGCACGAUCGCUGCGACGGACGGUGGGAAGAAGAAGCGCCGGUUUUAA